AUGGAGAGACACAAGAAGUGUGUCAACAGCCUAUCCCGUGAUCGUGGGGGUCAUUCUACACGCGAUCUCAGAUCUCCGUCACGAAGAAGGGCGAAUGUGUACGAUGCCGUAGCUGGUCGAAUUGCACAGAAUGGCUUCAUUGGAAAAUCGUCAGACUCGAAGGUCUCUACACAGCCGCUCCGUCCGGAUGAAGUUCUUUUCAAGCAAGCAAAAGCCCCAGUUCGGUACGAGGAGACCGACUAUUAUCAUGCCCAUGUUGCGACAGCCGUGCAACAACAGCUUCCUGGCGGUGAUAUUUUGAGUGCAAUACAUGCUUAUGUCUCAAGUUUGUACUCGCAUAACGCACAGCUUGGGAACGAGCCGACCUGGAAAUGCAUGGACGAAACAGCCCUUAUUGCUUUGGGCAUUCUACUAGAAGAGACAGCUAGGGAGGUACUUGGAAGCACUGGAGAUCUAGCAUUUACCGAGCCUGCGAAUAUGGAAAAGGAUGCUAUAGUUAAGGGGGCCUUUGGAGAUGUUCCCGCCGCAAGCACGAGGCGGGACGCACCCGUCGAUGACUCGACCAACAGCGUACAGUCAGAUUCGAGCUCUCUUGACAGUGAAUCAGAUUACACCACGGAUGAAUCUACUUAG